CCUGGUGAGUUGUUUUCUCCGUACGCGGAGAGGAGCGGCUCGGGCCCUGCUGUGCCCCACUGGCUGCGCCGCCUGCCGGCCAAUGGCUGCUGCGAUUGGGAGGACUCGCUGGCGAGCUCUGCGCUCACCGCCUGCGGGGGCAGCGAUUGCCGAGGCUUACGCGCCGCGCUCUGGUUUUCUCCCCAGCUAGGGCUGGGAUUUGUCUUGUGGGCGCAUCAGGCUCAUUCGGGCCCGAGGACGCUUCUGUUUGAAUGCCCGUAAGGAAGCUUUCGGAGCUGGAAAGUGUCUCUCGAGGAAGGGGACAGCUGCUGGCUACCCACUUCUGGUCGUGGUGCCUGCUGAAGGAGCGCGGGAGGCGGGCUGGCCAGCGGGGCCCACGGCAGACACCCCGGGGCUCACGCUGCAUCUGGAUGCGCCUCGAGGCGAGGCUGCCCUUUAAUCUUUAAAACUCUGCGGGGAGUGGCGCUUUCGUUUCCUCCGCGCUGUCAGACUCCAGUGACAAACGCAGCGGGCUGUUUGCGGGCUCGGUAACCGUGUGGGGGCUGGCCCCCUUUUCAGUGUUUGUAAGCGAUGAGCGUCAGAAAGGAAUCUCGCCCCUCUGUGGAGUUCAUCAAAGGUCGCCUUUAUUUUGCAAUUCUCUGCCAAAAACCAAAGAGUGGUGUUGCAAAUACACACUAUUUCUGCAUAGAUGAUGAACUUGUAUACGAGAACUUCUACGCAGAUUUUGGACCUCUCAAUCUGGCAAUGGUUUACAGAUAUUGUUGCAAGCUAAAUAAGAAAUUAAAGUCAUUUACAUUGAUAAGGAAGAAAAUAAUUCAUUAUACUGGGUUUGAUCAGAAAAAACAAGCAAAUGCUGCAUUCCUCAUAGGCUCUUACGCAAUAAUAUACUUAAGAGAAUCACCCGAAGAUGUGUACAGGCUCUUAUUGGCUGGAAACGUAUCUUAUCUUCCUUUCAGGGAUGCUUCAUUUGGUACUUGCAGUUUUCAUCUAACAUUGCUUGACAGCUUUCAUGCAAUAAAUAAGGCUUUGCGAUAUGGCUUCCUGGAUUUCAGUGCUUUUGAUGUAAAUGAAUAUGAGCAUUAUGAGAAAGCAGAAAAUGGGGAUUUUAACUGGAUAAUACCAAACAAAUUCAUUGCCUUCAGUGGACCUCAUUCAAGAAGUAAAACUGAAAAUGGUUAUCCCCACCAUGCUCCUGAGGCCUAUUUCCCAUAUUUCAGAAGACACAAGGUUACUACUAUAAUACGUCUUAACAGAAAAAUGUAUGAUGCCAAACGAUUUGCAGAUGCUGGUUUUGAGCAUUAUGACCUCUUCUUUGCUGAUGGAAGCAUACCUAGUGAUACUAUAGUCAAAACAUUCCUAAAUAUUUGUGAAAAUGCUGAAGGUGUUAUAGCAGUUCAUUGCAAAGCUGGUCUUGGCCGAACUGGCACACUUAUAGCCUGUUAUAUUAUGAAGCAUUAUAGGAUGACAGCUGCUGAAACCAUUGCUUGGAUUAGAAUAAAUAGACCCGGCUCAGUAAUUGGACCACAGCAGCACUUCCUUGUAGAGAAACAGACAGAACUUUGGACAGAAGGAGAUAUUUUCCGUGCAAAGUUAAAGGGAAAUCGCAAAAUUGCUGUUUCAAAAAUCCUCACAGGAGUAGAUGAUAUUUCAAUUAAUGAUGCAAAAAACCGGAGAGCCAACAGAAAAGACUCUGAACUGUACAGUGAUGAAGAUGAUGCAAACUGUGUAACACAAGGUGAUAAGCUUCGUGCCCUGAAGAGUAAAAGGCAGGCAAAGGCUGCAACCACAGUUCCACUAACAGUAAUUCUACAGUCCAGUGUUCAGAAAAGUAAAACGUCUGAACCUAACAUUUCUGGCAGUGCAGACAUUAAUAAAAGAACUACCAGGUCUGCUGCAAGAAAAAGCAGUUUAAAAAGUCUGAUACCUCAGAAGGAGAAAAGGAAAAGGAAUGCUUUACAGCAAAUGCGCUUAAUGAAAUUAUGUGGUCACUCCAUACCAAGGACCAGGACAGUGCUGCGUUAAGUAAAAAGAAGUGACUGAAGAGGAUGCUGAGGGGGGGAAAAAUGGAAUAUUGCUAUGGAACUUAAAGUCUUUCCUUUCAAAGAAAUUAACUGCAAAAUGCAGCUAAGAUUUAGCAGUAAAACUCCUCCUAAUUUGUAGAAGAAAACAACCUGUUAAGAUGCUUGACAAACAGUUCAGCUUUCUAAUUCUAAAUGUUUUCUCAACUGUUAAAAAAACCUUGUAAAUUUAGACUCAGGUGUAAAUAUCUAAACUCUCUAUUAUAAAGAGGGUUUACUAGUGGGUAUGAGGCAUGUGUGUAAUUGUGAUGGCAAUCACUUAGCUGCUGGCCACCAUAAGGAGUGAAGAUGUGUGGGAGCUUUUAAAUAUUUAAUUCACUGUUGUCCGUCCAAGCUGAUCUCAGUCUCCAAUACAGAGCAAAUCUUGGGAAGGCAAGAUUUUAUUCUCAUAACAUUGUACUUUCCUGUUGAUUUGGAUAGCCUUCCUUAUUUUGUAUGUUUUUUUAUGAAGCUGUAAUGUUAAAUACCCAAACUAAUUACUGGACACCAAAGACUGCUUUAUUUCAAAGGGUUUUUUUAAACAAUUUAACUAAAAGCUGUUAACUGUUUUAUUAGUAAUAGCUUUUAGUUGCUCAAAUUGCUUGAAAACAUGGAUUUUCCUACCAGAGUUUAUAAUUUGAAGCAGCACCAUCAACUUAGAUUACACGGCUAGUUGAAAACUUUUUACCUACUUGUGCUACAGGUAAUACCUAAGGUUCUCAAUCUUUCAGACAUGGUAAUGGUUCCUAAAGUUUAUGCAUCAGACCAUGCUUUAUGGUCAUUGUCAUAGUUUUCCUUGUUUAAUCAUUUUCUUCCACACUGAGGGGUGGGGGAAAUAGGGGAACUUAAAAAAAAAAAAAGGAGUCGUGAUUGUAAAACCACUGAAAUUGGCAGUGGGAAGCAGGUGUAGUCAGUAAUUUUUUAAAAAUGGUUAUUUCAAGGUGGCGGUGCUCCUUUAAACAUCCAGGUACUUUUGAUUAUUAAAAAAAAAAA